AUGGAGGAGAAGUUGCCCCCACUGCCCGGCAGCAGCAAGCCGCACCUGGAAAAACUGACCCUUGGGAUCACCCGCAUCCUAGAAUCUUCCCCUGGAGUGACAGAGGUGACUAUCACAGAAAAGGCCCCUGCUGAACGUCAUAUGAUUUCUUCCUGGGAACAAAAAAAUAACUGUAUGUUGCCUGAAGAUAUGAAGAAUUUUUACCUGAUGACCAAUGGCUUCCACAUGACCUGGAGUGUGAAGCUGGAUGAGAACAUCAUUCCAUUGGGCAGCAUGGCAAUUAACAGCAUCUCGAAACUGACUCAACUCAACCAGUCUUCCAUGUAUUCACUUCCUAAUGCACCGACUCUUGCAGACCUGGAGGAUGAUCCGGAUGAAGCCAAUGACGACCAGCCAGAGAAGCCUCACUUUGACUCCCGCAGUGUGAUCUUUGAGCUGGAUUCUUGCAAUGGAAAUGGGAAGGUUUGCCUUGUCUACAAACACGGGAAACCAGCAUUAGCACAAGACACUGAGGUCUGGUUUCUGGACAGAGCUUUAUAUUGGCAUUUUCUCACGGAUACCUUUACCGCCUAUUAUCGCCUGCUCAUCACCCACCUGGGUCUGCCCCAGUGGCAGUAUGCCUUCACCAACUAUGGCAUUAGUCCCCAGGCCAAGCAAUGGUUCAACAUGUAUAAACCCAUCACCUACAACUCAAACCUGCUCACAGAAGAGACUGACUGCUUUGUGAACAAGCUGGAUCCCAGCAAAGUAUUCAAGAGCAAAAACAAGGCCAUAAUACCCAAAAAGAAAGGGCCUAUGCAGCCUGCAGGUACCCAGAAAGGGCCCCCCGUUUCCUCCAGCUCUAAAUCCUCCUCUGGCUCUGGUAACACUGUCCGAAGAUGA